CUCUUGCCAAUGAUGCAGCUGCACAUCGUCGUUCUGCACCUAACGUUCCUUCUGCACUGCACCGUCAAAGGCAACCUUGGCCUGCUUUUCCUGCCAAAAACGACAUUCAGGGUCGGCAUGUUGAUCAACGUGCCAUUUGACGAACAAAUUUUCCACGGUUUGAUGUUCCGAGGGAACUACCCUCUGUAUCCGGCUGGUGCCAAAAGUGAUCUAAAACUCGAUCGAUGGACCCUUUACUCCACUCUAGAGGGACUUUUCGAUCGGAUGCAUUUGCCUGGGAGGCCCUGUUUGCUAAGGGCAGUGUGCGAAGUAGCCGCCCAUCGCAUUGAUCAUGACGGAUUAUUAGGGGAGGCUCUGCAUCUUCUACUAAGUCCAUCGAGCAGCAGCGAAAACCGCACCGAGAGUUGGCACCGAGCCUACGUGCGCGCUGAGCGAUGGGGUUCCAAGCACAGAGAUUGCACCCUCAAAUUUGGCAAGGGCUGUCCCAAGGGGGUGCUCCAAAUGUUCACCACCCUGGGCUGA